AUGGCAUUCUCCAAGUCUGCAGACUUGCGAAUCUUGCAAGCGUUGGCUGCCUUUAUGCCAGGGAGAGUGCUCUCCUCCUUCGUCGGACCAGACGCAGACAACUUCAACCCCCCAUUCGGUAUUGAGUGCACCGAACGUGUCCUGCGUGCGAAAGUCCGCAACCACUCGUUGGGCUAUCGACAGAGUCGGGAACACCAGUGGAACCGUCGUCGAGACGACUCGAAACGAAAGUAUGAUGAUCGCCGUCACUCCAGCUACACGAGCGCCCAUGAGCGAAAGAUCUCGGCUUUUGUGAAUGGGUUACUGGCGCAGAAACACACGGCAGAUCCUGAAACUCCAUACGUCGAUGAUGUAGCAUCAUACCUGAGAAUCGAGGAUGCUAUGUCGGAUAUCCGUCCCUUGUUCCGAUCUUGGCACAAUAAUCGGUUGCCGUACGAGUAUGUAUCUGAGCUUGAAGGGAGUAUCGCGGCCUCGACAGUCACUACUUUCCGCGUUCUUGCGCUUGAUCUGCAACCACCACAGCAGUGGACGGGUGUCGUUGGUUUCGUCUCCGUGAACGCCCUCUUCGAAGCGGCGGCUCCUGUACUACCAAUGUCUUCCUGGACGCUCGAGUCCCAUCCCACUGUGACAUGCCAAGAAAGGAAACCGUUGCUGAAGAGUGGUCCACUUCUCAGCUCGUUCGUGGAAAGCCUGGAACAAAUCAUUGGCCAUCGCAGGUCCGAGAGGAGAUAUCUGGCAGAUCUUGAAGGUAGCUUGAGAGCUCUACAAGACACUUAUCAAGGGUCCGAUGUGGUGGAUUCCUCCAUUCGGCCCGCCCACGUGUACGUAACGUACAAUCUCUUCUGCGAGCGGCAAGUUCGAGAACUUUAUGAAAUCAUCGAAAGUAGACUGAGAGCGCAUGUAGCGACCUCUGCGCUGACUGUGGUGCAUCAUUGGCCAAGGAUCUCACCAAUGCUUCUCUUAGAGCAGCUCUCACGAAAGCAACGACUCCUUCGAUCUCACGAGUGGCGUAAAUGCCUGGUUGGGUACGGCCUUGCUUUGACAGCGAUGCAACGAGCUCGGCGUCUACUUGAUCUGGCCGAGCGUCCACUCGAGUUGGAAGCAGAGCUUCGAAAUGUUGGUCACCAGAAUUGGAGCGCCCUGGAGUAUCCGGAUUCGCUUCUGAUAGAGAUUGAAGGCGGCAUAUUGAUUCGAGAGGAGCAAGAAGGGAUCGCCGUAGAGAUGAGAAACGGUCGUGAGACACAUAACGUGACCAUGCAGAUGAACAUGGGAGAUGGCAAGAGCUCGGUCAUUGCACCGAUCGUCGCCGCAGACCUAGCGGAUACGUUGCAGCUGGUCCGAAUGAUCGUGGCGAAGGGGCAGUCGAAGCAGAUGGCCCAUACAUUGAUCGCUAGGCUUGGUGGUCUGGUCGAUCGUCGAAUAUAUUAUAUGCCAGUCUCGCGGUCUCUAAGGUUUACUAAGGAUGAGGUCCCAAUUGUGGCAGAACUUCUCCAAGAAUGUAUGGCGGAGGGUGGAGUGCUUUUGGUUCAACCCGAGCAUAUCCUGUCCUUCCAGCUUAUGGUCGCCGACAACGCCAUCGAUGGAACUACGGACACUGCGAAGACAUUGUUGAGCGUGUUGAGGUUUCUUGAUGACUAUGCUCGCGAUAUUGUUGACGAGUGCGAUGAGAACUUCAGCACACGCUUCGAGCUCGUGUACACCAUGGGUACACAGCGCACUAUUGAGUUCAGUCCAGAUCGUUGGAUUGUCCUCCAUCAAUUCCUCGAUGUGGUCAACGAAAUCAUGCCAUCAAUCCAGUCCGAGUCGCCACAGUCGAUCAAGAUCGGGCCGCGCUCUCCCGGUAUCUUCCCAGGAUGUCGCAUCCAACGGCAAGACGCUGGGACGCUUUUGAUAGGGCGGAUUGCAGACCAUAUCUGCCGUUUCGGUCUGGAGGGAUUUCCAAUUGCCAGACAACCACCAAAGGUACGGAAGGCUGCUUGCCAUUACAUGGUGGAGACGGAGGUGAACGACAGUAUCAUGGAAAAUUUGGAGGCUGGUGGCUUUCUGAACGGCGCAAUAUAUCAACAGCUACUCUUGCUUCGUGGUCUCUUGGCCGGUGGUAUCUUAGUGUUUGCUUUAAGUCGAAAGAGAUGGCGAGUGAGCUAUGGACGGGCCAAUCGACUCCCCCCCACGCGAUUGGCCGUACCGUAUCGUGCUCGAGACACGCCGACGCAACGGAGCGAGUUCUCACAUCCCGAUGUGGGCAUUCUACUCACGACGCUGUGCUAUUACUACGACGGUCUGAAUAACGACGAUCUUCUCCUUGCGCUGAAUCAUCUCAUGGAGUCGGAUCGAGGAGACAUCGAGUAUCAAUCCUGGGUGAGAGAAGUCCAAGUGCUUCUGUCCGUUCUCCGCCAUCUGCAGGGGAUCAACCUGAAGGAUGAGCUGCAGUGCGCCUCUGAAUUAUUCUCAUACCUGCGAUACGUCAAGAAGGUGGUCGAUUACUUCCUAUCACACAUCGUCUUCCCGAAAGAGAUCAAAGAAUUUCCCACGAAGCUCUCCACGUCCGGCUGGGAUAUCGGCAAGACGAAGAAGCGCAUCUUGUCUGGGUUCAGUGGCACGUGCGAUUCACGACAUCUCCUACCCUCGGCUGUCAAACAUCUGGACCUACCUCGUCAACAGCACACGAACGCUCUGGUACUUGAGUAUCUUCUCCAGCCCCAGAAUUCUGUCCAUAUGAUGGAUCGAUCUGAGGUUCGUGAUGAGAUUUCCGAUGCUGAGCACGCGCUGAAUACGGUGCUGAAGCUCGAGAGGCCAACUCAAGUGAUUCUUGAUGUUGGUGCCCAGAUUUUGGAGCUAUCGAAUCUAGACUUCGCCGGAGAGUGGCUUCGGCGGACUACAGACAUCAAGAAGGCUGCUGUAGUCUACUUGAAUGACUGCGAUGAGAUCUGCGUAGUCGAUCGUCGAGGUAGGACCGAUCUUCUGCACACCUCUCCAUUCAAUGCAAGAUUGGAAGCAUGCUUGGUAUUCCUGGAUGAUGCCCACACUCGUGGCAUAGAUUUGAAGCUGCCCAGAGAUUAUCGAGCGGCUGUCAUUCUGGGCCCACAUGUAACGAAAGAUCGACUUGUCCAGGCGUGCAUGAGGAUGCGUCAGCUCGGCAAGGGACAAACGCUUGCCUUCUGCGUACCGGAUGAGGUGCGUCUUGAGAUGGAAGAGAUGAUGGCCGCAGUACCGAAUACAUCUCUCGGUGUGGAAGAGAUCCUCAAGUGGGCGAUCAUGGAAACCCAAUCAGACAUCCGCCGUAGCACCCCUCUGUGGGCUGUCCAAGGCCGACGUUUCUUGACACACGAGAAGAUCUGGGGAAAGGCCAUCAAGUCUUGUGAUACAUCGGAGGAUGUGAGCCUUAUGAGUGAACUGCUAGAAGACGAAGCUCGGUCAAUGAAGAUUCGAUAUGGAAUAGACCGCUCAUCGAACGACGCUUCGCAUCUGGAUCGCUCGAAGUCUCCGGCUAUGAAAGCGAUCGCUACUCGCUGCGCGGAGUUCGAAGGACUCUCCUUUCGCUCCAGCUCCUUACACGAGGAGCAGGAGCGUGAGCUUUCUCCCGAGAUCGAGCAAGAACGCCAAAUUCAGAGAGCACCUCCAGCCGCUGCGGAAAAGCAUCAAGUGCAUCCCGAUCUGUCAAUAUUUGUGGAGACGGGUGUUAUCAACUUGAAAUCUACUGCCUACUUCCCUGCCUUUCAGGCACUGGACGACUCGAGCAUUGCCCAAGACUUCGAUCUAUCGCAACUCGACUGCGCCAAGCAGAUGUUUGUCACCAGUGAUUUCGCAAGGACUGUCCGAAAAGACGGCGUUUGUUAUCAAUCUGAUGCGUUCCAGCGUCCAGUGCAAUGGAUUCUUACAGGUCUCUCCUCCGACUCAACGAUUGUGGCAUCCCUCCUACUCAUCAGUCCGUACGAGGCAAAUCUUCUAUAUCGUACGAUGAAGUGUGAGAACAAGACGUCACUUCAUGUCUAUAAGCCUCGGACCAACGCCGCGUACCGUGCGCUAGAUGAUCUGAGCUUCUAUUCUGUGCCGUGCCGACCUUCGCAGGUGUCUAUCCCGCGUAGUCUUGCUCUCCAGCUGGACUUGUUUGCCGGACAACUAUACCUGUCAUCCUACAGCGAUUAUAUGGAGCUUUGCAGCUUUCUUGGUUUGUACACAGGCUCCGUUUCAGACGCUAUGGCAAAGUCCGGAUGGAUCGUGGCUCCUGAUGGCUUCAUCAACCGAGAUGGCGAGGGUCGUAUUGGCGGAGAAUCAGGUUUGACCAAGAGUCCCGUCAGCUUAGCCAGAAGCCUCUUGUCCAAGAUUCGAAGGGACGGCAGAAGCAUCGCGGGGACGCAUAUGGGAAGCCUGCUCAAUGGUCAGCUACUGCGAGAGUUGGAAUUUCGCAUAGGAUGA